AUGAAUAGGUCAGCGGCCUUACACAAUAUCCAGAUCAUGUGCAAAGAAAUGGCGCUCUAUGUUAUUAACACAUAUAGAAGCCCAUCUAGACUGUUUAUUUGUGGGGGAGGUGAAAUACUUUCUGGAGAAGGCACCACACAAGGAGAUCCGCUAGCGAUGCCAUGGUACGCACUUAAUACAUGCAUAGUGAUACAGAAUUUGAGGGAUCAUUGCCCAUUGGUUAAACAGGUGUGGCUUGCAGACGACUCAGCUGGAGGAGGGAGUAUAGUGCAGUUAUACAACUGGUACAGGCAAUUGAGUAAGGAAGGUCAAAAGUUUGGUUACCUUGUGAGUGGGACAAAGAGCUGGCUUAUUGUGAAGUCUAGGGAACUCGCGGAGGAAGCAAAGAGGGUGUUUGGAGAGGAAGUCAACAUAACGACUGAAGGUCAGCGCCAUCUGGGAGCAGUUAUUGCGUCGUAAGAAUACAAAGAUCAGUAUUGUGAGGAGAAGGUUCGUGCAUGGAAAGAGGAAAUCGAACGUCUCUCUGAAAUAGCGAAGAGCCAGCCCCAUGGGGCGUAUAUUGCUUUCACAAAAGGCUACAAGUCGAAGUUCACCUACUUCAUGCGCACGAUUGAAUCGUUUGAAGUUUAUGUCGAUCCAAUCCAGGAAGUGAUUGAAGAUUUACUACUCCCAACUUUGUUCGGUCGAUCAGAGCCUCUCCCUAACGAGGUGCGCAGACUUGCUAGCUUAGCAACGGGUCAAGGGGGUCUAGGCAUUCCUGAUCUGAAAUCCAAGGCACCGCAGCAGUUUGCUGCCUCGAGACUAAUAACCACCGCGCACGUAGAUUCUAUUACUUCACUGAGUUCCAUCAUGGUGCCAGGAGAAAGAUCUACCAAGGAGCUAAAGAGGCAUCAACAAUCACUUGAUAGAGCAAAUGCCAAAGAGAAAAUGGAUGGCAUUGAUUCAAGCCUCUCCCCAGGCCUGCUGCGUCUGGUUAAUCAAUCGAGGGACAAGGGCGCAAGUUCUUGGCUGAAUGCGAUGCCUAAGAUCUGCAAUAAUGUCGAAAUCGAACCACGCCUUCAACCCCUGGACAACGAGCAAUUUCAUUUGAGGAGCGCUGUUACAAGUUCUGAGGCAAGGUUGGACAUCAAAGCGGGAGGCUUCUGGGCAAGAGGAGUUACGGCAUUUUUUGAUGUUAGAGUUACGCACGUCAACUCCAAGUGUUACCAGAGCAAGCCAACAUCGGAAGUGUUCAAAGAGCAAGAAGAAGAGAAGAAGCGCAAGUACCAGCAGCGGGUGUUAGAUGUAGAAAUGGGUUCGUUUACGCCUUUAGUGUUUGGAACCAAUGGCGGAAUGGGAAACGAGUGUCAGCGGUUCUUAAAGCAUCUCGUAGACAAGAUAGCUCAGAAAGACACCGAGCCUUACCAUGUUGUAAUCACUUGGCUCAGGACACAGAUCUCGUUUGAACUCUUAAGAUCGGUACAUGCAUGCGUCAGAGGUUCGCGAACGCCGUUUCGUAGCAAGAUAGAGCAAUCAUUAGACUGUAAAAUAAAUGUCGCUAGUGCGGAUAUCUGA